UCACGUAAACUAUUGCUACGGGUCGGCCGAGUUGAUCCCAGGUCCGAUCUGUUGAAAACAUUCCAAUCAAACUCUCGUUUUCUGAUUUUCGAUUAAUUCUUUAAUCACUCUCUGUGAUUUCCUUCUCCUUGAUCUAAUCUGUAGUGUUGCAUUACUCAAAAGCAAAUAUGAUCUCUCUCAAUAAUUUGGCUCGCCGCUCCGGAAAUCCUUUGCCUUAAAAUAAUCGGUUUAUUUUUUACUCAUCAAUUUUAGUCCAUUUCCCCAAAAUUUCUGGCUUUAUUUUAUGCAUCAGUCCAAAAUUCAUCUCCCAUUUACUGGAAAUUGCAUUUCCAAUUAAUUGAAUCGAAAAAGUAAAAGUUUCACACAAAUUUGGGUUUUCUUUGAUUCAAACCUACCCAAGGAAAUUAGGGUUCCGAUUUUUCCCCAUUCUUUGCUAAAAGUUAACGAAGUUCUAAUUUUUUAUGCUUGAAUUUUGAGAGUUUUACAGAAAAACGAUAAAGUCAUGUUCUAUGGUUCGGUGGUGUGGGAUCCAUGGCUAAUAGUUGCCCAAAUCGUUUGCCUUCAAUGUCUAUACUAUCUGACACUCGGAGUACUUUUGUCACUUCUUGUUGGGUCUAGGGUUUCUAAAAUGAGUCUAUUUUAUUUCUUUGAUUAUGCUGUUGUUACUGCAUCCACGGUUACUGGGUGGUGCGUCAUUGCCUCCAUAUUUCUCAGCUCUGUUGCUGGGGCUGGUUAUUUAGUCUAUUUGAUUGAAAGGGCAAAGAAGUGCCUAGAUUUCUCAGCCACUCUUUAUAUCAUCCACCUUUUCAUUUGUAUCAUAUAUGGAGGUUGGCCUUCAUCAAUGACAUGGUGGGUUGUGAACAUUACUGCCUUUGCAGUGAUGGCACUGUUAGGUGAAUGUUUGUGCAUGACACGGGAAUCGCGCGAAAUUCCUAUUUCAAGAUACCGUUCAAGUGUUUGACUAGUGUGAAACUUACUAGUUAACUUUGGACGAAGUGCAUAAGAUUCUGAUUCGGUCUUCUUUUCGUAAUACAUCUUGGAACCCAUGUAAGAGACUUGUAUUCCACGCUGGAACGUGUUACAGGUCAAAUUUGUUGAAAUAUGAGAGGAACGCCAUGCACAAGCCAAUUCAAGAUUUGAAUUUGUCCCUAUACAAUUGAAGGUUGUAAUGAAAAAGAUUUAUGUUAUUUGCUUAAAUAUUUUGUCAAAUAUUUUCAAUAUAGUGCUUAGUUGCGCAGUUUUGAAUGUCAAGAUGGAUAGUAUGAUGUGUUUUUAGCAUUACCAAUGGAAUCUGGUGAAGAGUUGUGUGAAUAUCACCUAUUCUUUAAUUCCUUCACGAAUGUCUUGUUUGGUAAUGCAAAUUAGACAGUACUCCAGAGUAUUCUUAUCCUAUUAUGUACUUAGCAUAAACUUAUAGAGAAUGUUUAUAACACUAAGGAAAUUGGAACU